GGUCAUUUAGUACCACGCAAUCGACAUAGCAGUAAACAUAAUGUACAAAAUAUAUAAUUGGAGUAAAUGUAACUUAACUGAUUCCUGUGUUUCGUGUUGUUUUCAAAUUCAUUUUAUUUUUAUUUUUCAUGGACAAGUAUGAUUUAACGUGGGAAUUAGAUAAUUAUCCAAAAUAUUGUGCCACUAAACACACAUAAUAAUUGAUACAAAUAUAAAACUCAGCGCAUAGAAACAACGAUGGUGCCAUACUACUGUAGAUCAACGCGGUCGCUGCUGGUGCUGGUGUGCGCGGUCACGGUUGCCGCCGACCUGAUGGACGUCGAGUACAGCUGGGUGUACGUGGACUACACGUUCCCCAGCCCCCAGCACCGGGACACGGCCGUCAAGUCCAGAAGGUUCAUACCGGAAAAUUGCGUCGUGCUGGACGUGGACAGGUUCCAAGGUACGUCCGAAACAAAAUUCUAUCACAAUACAGGUUCGAAACCCAGUUCUCUUCCCAAGGAACGAGUGUUCGUUACUGUUCCUCGUAUUAAACCAGGAAAUCCUGCGUCGUUGGCAGAAAUAGUCCCAGGAGAUCGGCCUCAAUCCGUUCUGUUGAAACCAUACCCCAACUGGAAGGCCAAUACCAUUGUCGAAAACAAAUUACAUUGCGACGACACUAUUGUAUCCGUGUUUAGGACUAAAAUCGAUAAUCUCGGCCGAUUUUGGGUGGUGGAUGUAGGUACGUUAGACCAAUUCGAAACGACAGCUCGUUCUGUAUGUUCUCCGAAACUCCUGGUAUUUGAUUUGAAAAAUAAUGAUGAAGUUAUAAGAGCUUAUAAAUUUCCACCGUCACAGGUUAGAGAACUUUCGUUGUUUACCAACAUCGAAAUUGAUGUAAGAGAUACCAAGGGUCGAAAUACUUUUGCUUACAUAGCUGACACCACUGCGUACAAACUCGUUGUGUAUGAUUAUAAAAACGACGAUAGCUGGGUAGUAGACCAAGCGUACUUUUAUCCGUAUCCAAAUAAGGCUCAUUUCAAUAUUAACGGAGUAGCUUUCGACCUAAUGGACGGAGUUAUAGCGUUAGCAUUGGGCCCAUUAAAAGAAAACAAUCGGAAAUUAUAUUUCCAUUCGUUCGCUAGCACCAGAGAAUCUUGGGUAUACACCAACGUCUUGCAAAAUAAAUCGAUUUUCCAAAAUGGUUUAAUCGAUGGUUCCGGUACAUUCUUUGUUUCUUCUGAAGUCAGAGAUAUUCAGUCAAGUGUUGAAGUUAUGACGAACGAUGGAAUUCUUAUUUACGCAUCUAUGGACAAUAGUUUGUCUUGUUGGAACAGUCAGGAUCCAUUUACGACUAAAAAUAUUUAUCCGAUUUAUAAGAGCGAUGAAAAUUUUCAAUUUCCCAGUGGUAUGAAAUUAAUUGGUGACAAAGUAUGGGCAGUUUCAUGUCAACUUCAAAAUCAUUUUACAUCUAUGGCCACAAAUCGUAAAUCAAUCAAGUACCGGGUGCUCGUUGGCCAAGUCGAUGAAUUGGUAAAAGGCACUGGAUGCGAUAAGAGGGUGAAAUUCAACGCUGAAGACGAAGACGAGUUUCUCAUUGAAUCUUUCGAUGGUAACUUGUUGCGCGAGUGGCGUGCGGUACCAAACGCAGGACCAUGGAGCUAUUCUAGGAUAUCUAGGGUGUUUGAAGACAAGGGCUCCGCGGGUCAGAAGACACCUAAUAAAGCGGUAGUGUUGACCGGGAACGUAAACUUACACGGAUCUAGUAAACCGACUUCAUUAUCUUACGAUUGUCGAAUGAGUAUGGUGGACGGCCAAGUAACAAACCCAGACUGUUUGAGCAAGACUCGGCGGAGGAACAGAAUAAAACUUGGACCGGAUUCUUUGAGUAAUUGUGAUGCGGAAACAAUGAUAAUAAUGAUGAUGUCACACUUCGGAUUAACGCAGUUGUUUUUCUUCGCGGCUGCGACCACCGCCAUCGGAGCGAUGGAAGUUAAGUACAGCUGGGUUUACGUAGACUAUCUGUUUGACAGUCAGCAAGACCGAGAGUUGGCUAUUAAAUCUGGAAAGUUCAUACAGGAAAAUUGUGUCAUACUAGACGUGGAUGUGUUUGAAGAACGAGUGUUUGUGACUGUUCCUCGUACUAAACCUGGAAAUAUAGCAUCAAUCGCUGAAUUAGUCCGAGGAACAAAUUCUAAAUCACCACUAUUAAGACCAUUUCCUAACAGGAAAGCUAAUUUGGUAGUGGAAAACCAUUUAAAUUGUGAUGAUACUAUUGUCUCCGUAUUUAGAACUAAAAUUGACCAUCUUGGCCGAUUUUGGGUCCUUGAUGUUGGCACAUUAGACCAAUUCGAUCCGACAGCUCGUUCCGUGUGUCCUCCGAAACUUUUAAUAUUCAAUUUGAACAAUAAAGAUAAAAUCAUAAGAAUUUAUAAAUUCCCACCGUCACAGAUAGAAGCAUUAUCUUUGUUAACAAACAUCGAAGUUGAUGUCAGAGAUUCCAAGGGUGCAAAUACAUUCGCUUAUAUAUCCGACACUACUGCGUUCAAAUUGAUUGUAUACGACUACUUAAAUGACGAUAGCUGGGUAGUGGACCAAGCAUAUUUGUAUCCGUAUCCAACUUAUACUCAUUUCAACGUUGAAGGAGUAACCUUCGAAUUGACGGACGGUGUUCUAGGAUUAGCGUUGAGUCCUUGGACAAAAAACGGUCGGAAACUUUACUUCCAUUCGUUCGCCAGCAUGAGAGAGUCAUGGGUGGACACCAGUAUCUUACAAAAUAAAUCGUUAUUUCAACAAGGUUUAGUUGAUGGUACUAACAAAUUCUUCGUGUCCCCCGAAAUCAGAAAGACUCAAUCUAGUGUUGAAGUGAUGACGUGCGACGGAGUACUUAUAUACGCAUCUAUGGACAGCAGCUUGUCCUGCUGGAACAGUAGGAACGCAUUAACAAUUGAAAAUACUCACGAGAUGUAUAAGAAUCACCAAGAUUUUCAGUUUCCUACUGGUAUGAAAAUUGUUAAAGACAAACUUUGGGUAGUGGCAUGUCAACUACAAAACCAAUUCUCAACUACAAAACCUGAUCCGAAAUCAAUCAAGUGCCGAGUGCUCGUUGAUCAACUUGAUGGAUUAAUAAAUAACGCAGGAUGCAAAUAGACAUAGGGUAUUGAUUGAUGUCACCGGGUUCGUGUAGUGUUUGAUGUUUUUCAGUAACUUUUUAACACAUUUUUCAUACAACAAUUAAGACUAUAUUCUAAUCACUUUAUUUUAUUAUUUAACAUUAUUUUAUCUUGAAUAUAUAUUUUAAAUUAAGGCAGUAAAGAAAUUAAUCAUAGUGAAUUUAACUUUUUUAGUAAGACUUAGAUUUUAAAAUUUUGUCAAUCAUAAAAAUUUUCUUGCUUACUUAUGUUAAUUUUGCAACCAUAUAUACACUAAUCUA